CCCACCAACCACCAUUUUGAGAUUAUCGCACAUUGAGUAAGAAGCAGCCUGUCGUUAUUCGAAAAUGUCUGACCAGCUUUGCAAACUUUUUGUCGGGGGCCUAAACGUGGACACCGACGACGAUGGCCUGCGCAAGCAUUUUGAGCAGUACGGAUCGCUUACCGACUGCGUUGUUGUCGUGAACAAGCAGCUACAGCGAUCCCGCUGUUUCGGCUUUGUAACCUACUCCUCGCCUGAGGAGGCCGAUGCAGCAAUGGCGGCUAGGCCUCACACCGUCGACGGCAACUCAGUCGAGGUGAAGCGUGCCGUGGCGAGAGAAGACGCCAACAAGCCAGAGGCCCUAGCAAAGGUGAAGAAAAUCUUCGUUGGCGGUCUGAAAGACGAUAUCGAAGAGGAACAUCUGAGCGACUACUUCUCUCAGUACGGCCAAAUCGAGAAGGCCGAAGUCAUCUCGGAGAAGGAGACCGGAAAGAAGAGGGGCUUCGGCUUUGUUUACUUCACCGAUCACGACGCAGCCGACAAAGCAGUUGUAGUGAAGUUUCAUACCGUCAAUGGACACAAAGUUGAGGUGAAGAAAGCCCUGACCAAGCAGGAGAUGCAGGCGGCCAACAGAACCGGCAUGGCGCCGAGAGGCAGAGGUAGAGGAGGCAUGCGGGGAAAUCAAAAUGGCUACGGCAGCAGGGAGUACGGCGGAAACUACAACUACGGAAAUGGCGGAGGCUACAACGGUGGCGGCGGCGGUGGCGGCUACGGAGGGUACGGCGGACCUUAUGGGGGUGGUUACGGAGAGCAGACAAGUGGCUACGGCGGUGGAAACGGCUACAACGAGUUUGGCAGCGGGUAUGGCCAGCAUUCUUCUGGUUACGGCCCCAUGAAAGUGCCACCCUUCGGCGGUCAAAGGAGCGCUGCUCCCUACACCAGAGGCGGCGGCGGUGGGGGCUACCCCAGGGGGGGCUACGGCGGCGGCUACUAAAUGAGUCUGCACAAAUGAACCACCCCCACCCCUGCCAUAAAUUACCUCCAGCCAGGAUUUGGACGCCAAAAUCAAAUUCAGUAACGGGGCGUCUGCCGUGAAAUCCAACAAUGGCAGAGAUACGGACACAGAGACCCCCUAACCUUCAGACCUCAAACCCCAAACAGGUAGGAAGGUCACUUCCCAACAAACCUGAUAAUAACGAGCAGCUGUUGCCGUUCAACUAGGACACGUUAAAAAUGAAGAAUAAAACAUACAGUGAUCCCUUUUUUUAUGUACCCACGCCAACGCGUGUAGUUGUGGUUUAGAGUUGAAUAUUUUUUAUUUGCGUUCACUCGUUGUUUUGCAAAUUUCGAUGUAGGAUUGUUUUGCUGAUUAUCCUAAUAUUUUGCAUUUUAAGCAAUUAGAUUUUGUUUCCUGGAGUAAACUUCGUGUGAUUUCAAUGUAUGAGGAUGAGAAAGCAUGUUUUGUGGUUUCAUAGCUUGUCAUAUAACAUCAACUUGUAUGAUUAUCUACUUGAGUCAUUCAGCAAAGGCGGGAACGUGAUACUGCAGGAUCCAGUUUCCUUGUUUCCUCCCCCAUACUGUACCCAAACUCUCCUUACGCAUAGUAAUAGUUUCAGUCUAAAUAUUGUUCAUUUUUCAUUCCCUGUAGCAAUAUCUAAUGUAUAUUGUAUACUUUCAUGUCUGGAGAACAAAACCUACUGUUAAACACUUUGGUAUGCUUAUGUAUGUUCAUUUUAAAUAAAACGUUAUACCACUUAGCUUAGUUUAUUUUACUUAUUUAACCAGGCUUCCUCAAGUUUAUCCACAGGUUUUAUAAGUGACAUCAUCUUUAGUUACAUGGCAUCUUUCCCACAGUUUAUUCCCUUACACUCAGGUGGGUGAAAUGGUUACAGAAUGGUUACCCACAGCCAAUGCAUGUAGGCUUUGUAGGGUUUGACCUUGUUUUUAAAAUUAUGUGGUUUUUAGACAUUGCUAAUAUGACUUUUAAAUAUUUUUUUUCUUUUUUGACAUUUGAAUACAUAUCAACUUGUGGGCAUGAGGGCUCUGAUAUUUAUCUGAUUAUUCCUACUUCCUAUUAGGUGUUCUUACUCGUAUUCCAGUAUGCUAUCCCAGCCAUAAUAGCCGUAGCAGUUUGUUUAUAGGAUACAUCAGGACCCUGUUGAUUACCUGGGGUCGAUUGUGAUAGGAGUCUGAAAUAUCUCUUUAGGAUAUCCACAUCCAGCAAACUAGGUAUGUAAAUCAACCUGUCUUCACUCUGUGUUGGUCAACCAUGUAUGGAAUAUAUUUGAGAUGGUGCACAAGUGUGCCUUUUAGUUUAAUUUUAAACUGACACUUUAAUCAUAGCUCAAUGCGUCUUAUAUAGCUAAUAUUAAAUACAAACAAAAUGGGGAGGGGUUACUUAAUUUGGUCUUUAAUGAACUUAAAGUGGGUGGAAGGGGACCCAAAUUUUGUUCCACCAUUAAAUGAAAUAAUGGAACGAGUAAAUUGGUGUCUCUUCCAGAAAACCUUGCUUGGUCUAGUUUCUCACUCUGCUUCUCUCCCCAUCUCCUCCAGGUUGCUACGGUAACCUGGGCACGAGGACAUCACCCUGAAAACGAUGGGGUGUGUUUCUCCACGACUGGGGGACCGGAGAGUGGUUGUGCCUUCUCCCCCUCAGGUGAAGUCAGUUUUCACAAGGAUUCCCCAGUGUGGUCUAAAUGCAUUUUGAAGAGUCUAACAUGAGUUUUAUUCUAAAGGUUUUAUUGAAGAUGUGGGUUGUAAAGUUUAGGGUAAUUUUGAUUACACAGUGUCCCAGUGCAAUUGUAAAUGUUCUCUUCCCAAUGACCAGCACUGACUAUUAAUAAUGGAUCUGCAAAGUGCUAUAUUGGAGUGAUUGUGUCCUUGAUUAAAGACUUUUACAGGCAAGUAUUAUUAAACUAAGUCAUAAAAACAAUUUUAUUUGUAAGUGUUCUAUUAAUCUUUUAAUCCCCUUUUGACCUCAGAUUUAUUAAGACCUCUUAAUCUGAUGCUGAUGAUGACCUGGGAGAAUUUGCACUUUGGGCACUGUGGGAUUCAAAAUAAAAUGUUUGAUUACAAUGUUGGUCUUGUUUGGGUAUUUUAAAAGUCUACAAGUUUUAGUUAAAAUUUUAAACAGGUUGUGAGUGUGAGCUUGGCACUAUUGUAGUUUUCCAAAUACCUGAACUUUUUCUUUCUGUGGAAUGUGGCCCCACAGAAACAAUAUAACCGAGCUUUGAGGUUUAACAUGCUUGUGUUGAUGAACAUUUGUCUGCAGAUGUUUCAAGACCAAGAUCAAUGGUGGAAAGUCACAUGCUUACACAACCCCACGUGUCGUACAGUAACUUAAUCAGGAAGUAGUCCUUGAUGUGCAAGAUAUUGCAUGUAAACCUCACAAGACCACACCUUCAGGUUGAAAUGUUAUUUAACAUUGAGUGUGAUAUGUACUGCUUAUACUCUACCAUUAAAUAGGAGGGGGGGGGGAGAUUCAAACUAUACUAGACAUACUUUUAUUUUUUUAAUUUUAUUGGCUGACAGGAUCCAUGCAGAUUUCAGUUCACCUUUGCAGCUUGAUGCAGUGCCUGUAAACUAACUAGAAAUGGACUAAAGGCUUUAAACUUUUAUGGAGUUUACUUUAUUACAAUGCACUUCUGCACCUGAAGAAAACACGAGGUGUUGCUGAAUAUAUGUAAGUUGCUAGGUGAACAAGGUUUAUCAUACUGGUCAGAAGUUGGGCAAUAUUGCAUCUUUUGCAAUAGUCCUUUAAUCCACAAACUUAUAAUUGCAUUCAAUAGGCUCUGGGGGUGUACAUGCCAACCUUGGCCUUUAUUGUAUUACAGAAUUUAUUGUAUAUGUUGUGAAAUUUUCAGGAGAGGUGCAGCAUUUUUUUUUCUUUUAAUUUCAGUAGACCAUUGUAUGCUUGAAGUAAUAUGGUCUAAAGUCUUUAAGUCUGCUGACCAUGCAUUGUUGGUUGCAUGAUGAACAAACAAUACAUCUGACAGAUUAACCUUGACUUGCUUCCUGGAUUUAGCAUUGGGGCCUUGAUUGUAAGAACAACCACUGCAAUUAGAGAAAAUUUGAAUGUUUACUUCAUGUCUUUGCUGGAAGGAUAUGAAGAAACAAGCCAACCCUCAACACAUACCAAAAGUACCCCUUUGUUUUAUGAAAUUGGAGGAAGGGCAUUUUUAAAUCCUGUCUGAUGUACUGUGACAACUCAGGAGCACCAGUAGCACCUAACUUGCUAUGUCAUGUGUGACAAACAUACGGUUUAAGUGAUGCUGUUGUGGGGAGUGGAGUGAAAAUUUUACUUUUGUUCUCUUACCUUUUUAUAGGAUACUGGUGCUUGACGAUUUCUGAUCAUCCCAUAGGAAAAGAGAGCCUCUGUUAUGUUGGCCGUGCUUUUAUAAAUCUACAAUAAAUUAUAUAUUUUUAUACACUGA